AUGGAGAUUAAGGUGGCAAGAUGUAGGAAGAAGACAGGAACAAGUGAGAUCAAGGACGUAUAUAGAGAGGUUGGACUUGGCAAGCACCUAAAGAUUAAAAAAUCUGAUUCUGUAACUGAUCUUCAGAACAAAUCCAAAUCUGGGAAUAAAGGAAAGAAAAAAACUUCAAGUGUAAAAUUGAAACGUGCUAAUAUGCAACUUUCCGCUGAUGUUGCUGUCCCAGAGGACUUCACAGACUUUUCACUUAAAAACACAAUUCAUAGAAUUGAAGGAAAAUUAGAUGAAGGAGAUUUAGCUGUUGACAUAGAAGAGGAUCUUUUCCAUGGUCUCAGUGAUGGCAUUGGUACAGAGGCCCAGAUCAGAUUUCUAAAGGCAAAGCUCCGUGUCAUGCAGGAGGAACUGGAUAGUCUUGUAUAUGAUUGCAAUAAAAAGGAUGAUGAAACAAGAAAUUUAAAAGCCUCUCUUAAAGAUAUCAAUGAAGAACGUGCUAGAAUGGAACGAACAAUUAAUAUUCAACAAUCUCAGAUUGAAAAAUAUAAAAUUCUUUCAGAGGAAUUAAACAAAAAAUGUGAUGGAUUUCAGCAACAGCUAACUGCAGUCGAGAAGGAAUUGGACAAUAGAAGGAAACUACAAAAACAGGCUUCAUCCAGUCAAAGUGCCAUAGAAGUUCGCUUGAAUAGAGCUCUUGAAGAUGUAGAAAAGUACAAACUGGAGUUAAGUAAAUUAAAGCAGAGUAACAAGGACUCAGCAAAUGAAGAACACAAGAAAAUUGAAGAAUUAAAAGCAGAAAACAAGAAGCUGGAAAAACAAAAAGGAGAGUUAAUGUCAGGUUUCAAAAAACAAAUGAAAUUAAUUGAUAUUCUGAAAAGACAAAAGAUGCAUAUUGAAGCCGCUAAGAUGCUGUCUUUCAGUGAAGAAGAAUUUAUGAAGGCACUCGAAUGGGGGAAUAAAUAAAUUCGAUACACCUCAAAUAAUUCCACCAAAAAAAAU